AUUCCAUUGAGUUCAGUUGAGUCUCAUCUCAUACAAUACAAAAUCUAACUUUAUUUUUCUUUCUUUUCUCACGUCUCAAAAACUUCUCCCUCUUUUCUAACAUAUCAUAUUCUUGACGCAAACUCUCAUUGACCAAUUAUCACACACUGCCAUGGGAAGAAUACCUUGUUGUGAUAAGAAUGGUCUCAAGAGAGGACCAUGGACACAAGAGGAAGACCAAAAACUCAUUGAUUACAUCCACAAACAUGGCUAUGGAAACUGGAGAUUACUCCCAAAGAAUGCUGGGUUACAAAGAUGUGGAAAGAGUUGUCGUCUUCGUUGGACAAACUAUCUACGACCGGAUAUAAAGCGAGGUCGAUUCUCUUUUGAAGAAGAAGAAACCAUAAUUCAACUACAUAGCAUCCUCGGCAACAAAUGGUCUGCAAUUGCUUCUAGGCUACCGGGAAGAACAGACAAUGAAAUCAAGAAUUAUUGGAACACUCACAUUAGAAAAAGACUCUUGAGGAUGGGAAUUGAUCCAGUGACACAUAAUCCAAGACUUGAUCUUUUGGACCUUUCUUCUAUCCUAAACUCAUCUUUUUAUGCUUCUGCUUCACUGAUGAACCCUGAGAUUCUAAAGUUGGCUGCAUCACUCUUCUCCUCUCAAAAUGGACAAGAGAAUCAUCAUCAAAUUGAUCAGAAUCAACAAAUUAUCUCACACUUGGUUCAAACUCAAAUUCAGGACUCCAUUCAUCAAGAAGCUUACAACAAAUUGUUGAAUCCAAAUCCACCUUGUGAUAGUUCAAUGCUUUUCAAUCAAUCACACUUGGUUGAAUCCAAUGAGAAUCUAUAUUCGUCACCAGUUUUACCUGAGUUUGGCUUCCAACAACAACAUGAACAUGCUCAAUUAAGUGAUUUGCAUUGCAAUGGAAUUGCUUCAAGUACUAUAACAGAUGAUUUUGUUCAUCAAAUACCAAGCUAUGGAAAUGAUCUAAUUAUGGAACCUCACAUAUCAGAAACCUCAACAUUUCAUUCCAAUAACAUCAACGAAAGCUUCAACUUCGCUUCGGUUCUAUCUACGCCUUCGUCAAGUCCGGUACGGUUGAAUUCGAAUUCGACGUAUAUCAAUGGAACCAGCAUUGAAGAUGAGACAGAAAGCUAUGUUAGCAACAACAUGUUUGAAUUUCAAAUUUCAAACAUCUUAGGUGUGAAUGAGUUCAUGUAAUGUGGAUAACUAUGGAUUGAUGUUGAUUGAUACAUGUAACAUUUGUCUAAACCUUUUUCAGAGUUGAUACUUUGACAUUGUUGAUUUAGGCUUUGGCUGUAUUAGGAAGUAUAAGAAAGUCUUCAUCACUUUCAAAUUAUUGAACUACAUUUAAAG